AUGCCCUCUCCCGAAGAAGAAAUUCAGUGUUCUUCUCCAUACUCACCUCAUUCUGAAGACUAUGCCCUUUCUGCCUCUUACUACUAUCAUGAUAAUCCAGAAACGAUGUUUCUCGAUCCAAAACUAGAAGUCCUUGAUAAUGACAACCCGUUGUUUUUUCUUACCCCUCAGAGAACGCCGAACCAUGAUAUACACAGCGAGCAUAGUCAGGGAUUGAUUGAUACCGUUGGUCAGUUGCAGCAAACUCUUGCGUUUGCAGCUGCUACUAAUGCCCAGUCUUCAGGCUUAUCACAGUCAAUGAAAAACCUCCAGAUACAAGUCCUUGGAGUGCCACAAACCGGAGCCAAAUCUCGCGUAGAAACCCAAAUAAAAUUAUGUCUUCAGUUGGUUACUGACAAGGGCGAAAAAGUGCCACUGUGGUCGCAUCUAAGAUUACCAGAGUAUAUGGUGGCAAAGGAAAAAUUGAAGACAAAAAAUGCUAGAAAUGGUCAGGAUCAGAGUGUGAACAUUGUUGAAAAGGGUGUGUUGAAUUUAGAGGCGACUGUUGUUUGUGCUAGUGAGACGCUCAAGCAAGUUACCACCUGUCUGGGAUGUGUGCAAAGAGAGGAUUGA